UCGGUGAUGUGGUUCUGUGUGCGGUCUGAAGGUUUUUGUCCCCCUCAGAAUGGCUGCGUGGAGCCUGGCGCUGAGGCUGCUGCUGCUGGGGACGCUGCUGUCCCAGGGCUGCUGUCAGCACUGGUCUUACGGACUGAGCCCAGGAGGGAAGAGGGACCUGGACGGCCUUUCAGACUCACUGGGAAACCAGAUAGAUGAGGGCUUUCCACACGUGGAGACGCCCUGCAGUGUCCUGGGCUGUGCAGAGGACGCGUCCCUCCCCAGAAUGUACAGGAUGAAAGGAUUCCUAGACCGAGUCGCCGACAGGGACGCUGGACGCAGAACGUAUAAGAAAUGAUGACUCUUUGAUUCUACAAUAAAUUACAAUGUUAG